UCGACCGCAACAACAGCAAUUAAAGAUGUCUUUCCGUGGAGGCCGUGGUUUUGCGUCUGGCGCCAACCGUGGCGGUUUCGGUAGCCGUGGAGGUCGCGGAGGUUUCCAGGCGCCUAUGGGCCCCCCUGCUCAAGUUCUGGAGAUGGGAACUGUGAUGCACGCUUGUGAAGGCGAGAUGGUCUGCGAAUCGAUCAACCCGAAGAUUCCUUACUUCAACGCCCCCAUCUACCUCGAGAACAAAACCCCUAUCGGCAAGGUCGACGAGGUUCUGGGCCCCAUCAACCAGGUCUAUUUCACCAUCAAGCCCCAGGAAGGAAUUGUCGCAACCUCCUUCAAGCCUGGUGACAAGGUCUACAUCGGUGGAGAUAAGCUCCUUCCUUUGGAGAAGUUCCUUCCCAAGCCCAAGCCCGCUCCCGGUGCUGCGAAGCCCAAGAGAGCUGGCGGUGGUGCCAGAGGUGGUCCUAUGCGCGGUGGUCGGGGUGGCCGUGGUGGUCCUAUGCGCGGUGGCCGUGGCGGCGCACCCAGGGGACGCGGUGGACCCCGUGGAGGUGGCUUCCGCGGUGGAAGCGGUGGUUUCGGAGGUGGUGGUUUCUCGCGGGGUGGCGGCAGAGGAGGACCUCGUGGAGGUGGUGGUUUCCGACGAUAGACAGUCUCUGUCUUGCCUGGUAGUACUGUCUUAUUACGGCGUUUUGGGAAAAGGGAGCUAUUGCAGGAAUUUAUUUGUCUCUAUAUUCUUGUGCAUCCUAGGAAAAAUUUGCUGGUUCUCUGUACGCAGAGGCUGUCGUGAAUCUCGGCCAUCAAAUUCAUGUAUUGCAACGAUCGAUUAUGCCGAAUAUUAUUGUUCUUUAC